UCUAAUUAGAAGGAGGGUCACUUCGAUCAAACCACACUUUACAUCUUUCUCUUUCUCUCCAUUCUGCACAUACAAUCUUAACAUGUCAAUUCUCAAAGUUCUUUUGAUUACCAUCAUUGUUUCAUUGGUCAUUUCUGCCAGCAGCGCCCAUGAUGAAGACAACAAGAAGAUGACUUCUGAAAGCGAUGACAACGACAAAGACAAGAAAAAGACUGUGACUUAUGAUGGCAGGUCUCUCAUUAUCAAUGGAAGACGAGAGCUUCUCUUCUCCGGUUCCAUUCAUUACCCACGAAGCACCCCCGAGAUGUGGGCAGACAUUCUUGAAAAAGCAAAACAUGGAGGCAUAAAGGUGGUCCAAACUUACAUAUUCUGGAACAUUCAUGAGCCUGAGAAAGGCAAGUUCUCAAUUGAGCCGCAGUAUGAUUACAUAAAGUUCAUGAAGCUCGUUCAAAAGAAAGGAAUGUAUGUAACCCUCAGGGUUGGGCCUUUCAUCCAAGCUGAAUGGAACCACGGAGGACUUCCAUAUUGGCUGAGAGAGAUCCCUGAUAUCAUAUUCCGCUCUAACAAUGAACCCUUUAAGAAGCACAUGAAAGAAUAUGUAUCAACUGUUGUAAAAACGUUGAAAGAGGCGAAGCUCUUUGGUCCCCAAGGAGGCCCCAUCAUCUUGGCACAGAUUGAGAAUGAGUACAACCAUAUCCAACGUGCUUUCAGAGAGGAAGGAGAUAAUUAUGUCCAAUGGGCUGCGAAAAUGGCAGUGUCGCUGGAUGUUGGAGUUCCAUGGAUCAUGUGCAAGCAGAGAGAUGCUCCUGAUCCAGUGAUUAAUGCUUGCAAUGGAAGGCACUGUGGUGAUACCUUUGCAGGCCCCAACAAACCUUACAAGCCUUCUCUAUGGACUGAAAACUGGACGGUUCAGUAUAGAGUGUUUGGAGAUCCACCAUCCCGAAGAUCAGCAGAAGACAUUGCCUUUUCAGUUGCUCGCUUCUUCUCUAAGAAUGGAUCUUUGGUGAACUAUUAUAUGUACCAUGGUGGAACAAAUUUUGGUAGAACAAGCUCUGCCUUCACUACAACCCAAUAUUAUGAUGAAGCCCCUCUUGAUGAGUACGGUAUGCAGAGAGAACCAAAAUGGAGUCACUUGAGGGAUGUGCACAAGGCAUUGAGCCUAUGCAAGAAGGCCUUGUUCAAUGGUGAGUCUACCGUCACAAAACUGAGCCAACAUCACGAGACUAUAGUUUUCGAGAAGCCAGGAAGUGAUUUGUGCGCUGCUUUCCUCACCAACAACCACACCUUGACACCAGCAACCAUAAAAUUCAGAGGUACUGACUACUAUAUGCCACCACGUUCCAUUAGCAUACUCCCUGACUGCAAGACUGUUGUCUUCAACACUCAAUUUAUUGCUUCACAACAUAAUUCAAGGAACUUCAAGAGGUCAAUGGCAGCAAACAAUCAUAAGUGGGAGGUGUAUUCUGAGAACAUUCCUACCACCAAGCAAAUUCCAACCAAUGAAAAGAUUCCUACAGAGCUUUACAGUUUGCUUAAAGACACCAGCGACUAUGCAUGGUACACCACCAGCGUGGAACUGGGUCCAGAAGACUUGCCAAAGAAGAAUGAUAUAUCCCCCGUUCUCCGUAUUAUGAGUCUUGGCCAUUCAUUGGUUGCCUUUGUAAAUGGAGAAUUCAUUGGAUCAAAUCACGGUUCCCAUGAAGAGAAAAGUUUUGAAUUCCAGAAACCUGUAACCUUGAAGGUUGGAGUUAACCAAAUAGCUAUCUUGGCUUGCACUGUGGGACUCCCCGACAGUGGAGCAUACAUGGAGCACAGGUUCGCUGGACCAAAGUCUAUUUUCAUCCUUGGUCUCAACUCUGGAAAAAUUGAUCUCGCUUCUAAUGGUUGGGGUCAUAAGGUUGGUAUCAAAGGUGAGGAGCUUGGCAUUUUCACUGAAGAGGGGUCAAAGAAAGUACAAUGGAAAGAAGCCAAGGGAUCUGGACCAGCUCUCUCCUGGUACAAGACAAAUUUUGAAACCCCGGAGGGAACGGAUCCUGUUGCCAUCAGAAUGACUGGUAUGGGGAAGGGAAUGAUUUGGAUCAAUGGCAAAAGCAUUGGUCGUCACUGGAUGAGUUACCUCUCUCCUCUUGGAAUGCCUACUCAGUCAGAGUACCACAUCCCCAGAGCUUUCUUCAAUCCAAAAGACAACUUGAUUGUUGUGUUUGAGGAAGAGAUAGCAAAUCCAGAAAAGGUUGAGAUCCUAACUGUAGACAGAGAUACAAUAUGCAGUUUCAUCACAGAGAAUCACCCCCCCAAUGUGAAGUCAUGGGCAGUUAAGAGCGAGAAGUUCCAGGCUCUUUCGAAUAAUCUGGUGCCAACAGCUACACUCAAAUGUCCAAACCGCAGAACCAUUAAGGCUGUGGAGUUUGCAAGCUUUGGUGAUCCUGCUGGUGUAUGUGGAGCCUAUACUUUAGGCAAAUGUAAUGCACCUUCCACCAAGCAGAUUGUUGAGAAGCAUUGCCUUGGAAAACAAUCCUGUAAUGUUCCAAUUGACAAGGACGCCUUCACUAAGGGCCAAGAUGCUUGCCGAAAUAUGGUGAAGACACUUGCAAUCCAAGUGAAGUGUGAAGCCUAGCAACCUGCCACUAGGUGAAGUAGAGUUGGGUGGGUGGCCACGUUAGUGAUUUGAUUGUUGAAGUGGAGUCCAUAGGCCCACAUUUUAGUUUAGCCUUUGUUUUGUAGCACAUGAUACCUGAAAUCGGUGUCUUUUACUUAACAAGCAACAUUUUGUUUGUUCUGUUUACAUUAAAAAUGUAGAAAAAAUUAUGAUUCAAUUUUGUUUCAUAUUCGAUCGCCGGCAACUUGUCAUCCUUCUCUGAAUGAUAAAAGUCCCUUAAUUUCUUGGUUCA